CAUGCACUAACUACAUAUACACUCACCAGGCACAGGUUGUACAUUCGUGAACAAUGACAGUCCUGAAAACUUCCUCAUUGCUGAGGUCCUGUGCUCACAGCCUCAGAUCUGUGGAGGCACUCAAACACAGCAAGACCUGGAAAUUAUGCAGCACAAGUUUACUCCAGUGGUUCCGGUCUCUCCAUGUGGACUGUCCUCCUCACAUACCCUCCCUAACCACCAGCUAUGUCCAUGGCACCUCUUCUACCUCUCUGCUCCCUCUGACUGUAGGUCAGAGUCUGGACUGUGCAGCAGAACGCUGGCCUGACCGUGAGGCUGUGGCCUUCUUGCAGGAUGGCAUCCGUAAAACCUUCUCUCAGUUCCAGCAAGAUGUUGAUAAGAUGGCUGCAGGUCUGCUUGCUUUAGGCCUGGAAAAAGGGGAUCGACUGGGAGUUUGGGGUCCCAACUCAUAUGAAUGGAUCCUUUCCCAGUUUGCUUCCGCCAAGGCUGGAAUUAUACUGGUGUCCUUGAACCCAGCCUAUCAAGUGAAGGAGGUGGAGUUUACACUUAGGAAGGUCCAGUGUAAAGCUGUGGUCUGCCCUUCUCACUUCAAAGCACAACAUUUCAGUGAGAUGUUGAGGGAGAUCUGCCCUGAGAUAGACACGAUGCCAGCAGGCAUGCUCAAAAGCUCUAGGUUGCCAGACUUGCGUAUGGUGAUUCUGAUAGACAGCAGACAGCCAGGGAUGUUCAAUGUGGAGGACGUGAUGCAAGCAGGGGAGAGUCGGCAUCACAGAGAGCUCAUGGAUCUGCAGAGCAAGCUGUCUUUUGAUGAUCCCAUCAACAUUCAGUUCACAUCAGGGACCACAGGCAGUCCAAAGGGAGCAGCUCUUUCCCACCACAAUAUUGUAAAUAAUGCCUACUUUAUCGGCCUUCGAGUGGGCUAUGGAUGGAGGCCUCAGGUUCGAGUAUGCGUUCCUGUGCCCAUGUACCACUGCUUCGGCUCUGUACUGGGAGGGAUGUGUAUGGCACUGCAUGGAGUCACACUAGUCUUUCCCUCCACUGGGUACAACAGCCAAGCCAAUCUACAGGCUAUUCAAAGUGAAAAGUGCAGUUUCAUCUAUGGCACUCCAACAAUGUUCACAGACAUGCUUAGCCAACAAGUUUUACACAAGUGUGACAUGUCUUCAGUUGAGGCAGGUAUCAUGGCAGGCUCUCCAUGCCCAUCUGAGAUUGUGAGAAAACUUAGAGCAGACAUGAAUAUGAAAGAGAUCACGAUAGGUUACGGAACCACUGAGAAUAGCCCCAUUACAUUUCUUGGAUUCCCACAAGACACAGAGGAGCUGAAGACAGAAACAGUUGGAUGCAUCAUGAGCCACACUGAGGCUAAAGUGGUGGACCCUAAUACUGGGGAGACUGUCCCUCUUGGGGCCUCAGGAGAGCUGCAGGUCAGAGGUGCCUGUGUGAUGUUAGGAUAUUGGGAUGAUACUGAGAAAACCAAUGAGGCUAUCUGCAAAGCACGCUGGUACAGGACAGGUGACACGGCCAGUCUGAACAGCCUGGGAUACUGUCGUAUUGAAGGCCGCAUGAAGGAUCUGAUCAUCCGUGGAGGGGAGAACAUCUACCCAGCUGAGAUAGAGCAGUUUCUUUUUACACAUCCUAAAGUACUGGAGGUGCAGGUGGUAGGAGUGAAAGAUGAGAGACUGGGCGAGCAGGUGUGUGCCUGCAUCAGGCUGAGGGAGGGCCAGACCUCCAGUGAAGAGGAGAUAAGAGCAUUCUGCAAAGGCCAGAUUGCAAACUUCAAGAUCCCACAUUAUGUGUUCUUUUUGGACAGUUACCCUCUGACAGCCUCUGGAAAGAUCAAGAAGAACAUAUUGAAGGAGGACAUGGAGAAGAAAUUAGGCCUUUAAUUAAGUGGACCAUGGUGGCCUUCUUGGAAAAUCAGAAACUUAACAUUCAAUGCUUCUUUACCACAAGAUGAAAGGUAUUAAAAUAAAAUCAGCUGACCGUCAUUUCUGGUCAUCACAUUUAAGCCUUAAUUAAUUAAAAAAAAAAAAAUAAUUUCUUAAACAUUGUACAUUCAACUGAAUUUCCAUUGAAGCCCAAAACAGAAAUU